CUCUCUUACUCCACUCUACUCCCCUAAUUUUCAACUACUUUACUACCACCUGCAACCAUGACCAAUCCCUCCGUCAACGUUUACCUCGACAAGCAGGAGUACGGAAAGGAUAAAGUCCGUCUUCUCAAGGUUCACCGCGACUCCAAGAUCCACCGUGUUGAUGAUUUGACCAUUCGCUGUCUCCUUUCCGGCACCUCCUUCACCACCUCUUACACUGAGGCUUCCAACAAGGCUGUUGUUGCAACUGAUUCCAUCAAGAACACCUGCUAUAUCCUUGCCAAGUCUUCCAAGGUCGUUGAUACCCUCGAGCUUUUCGCUUCUGAGCUCGGCAACCACUUCUUGAACACUUACAACUGGGUCGAUGGCGCUCAUGUUACCAUUAUCCGCCACCGCUGGGCUCGCAUGAACAUUGAUGGAAAGCCCCACACUCACUCCUUCUGGCGCGAUGGUGACGAGACCCGCCAGACUGACAUCUUCAUUAAGCGUGGCGCCAACGGCCGUCGCACUAUUGAGAUCAAGUCUGCUAUUGCUGGAUUGUUGGUCCUCAAGACCACUGGCUCUUCCUUCGAGGACUUUGUCAGGGAUGAGUACACCACCUUGCGUGAGGCCAAGGACCGCAUCCUCUCUACUUGUGUUGAUGCCACCUGGGAGUUCAACGUUCCUUCUGUCCAGACUGAGAGUUUGUUGCCCACUCUUUCCCAGAUUCCUUUCAACCAGAUCUACGAUUCCGUUCGUGAUGUCACUUGCAAGAUCUUCGCUGAAGACGAGUCGGCCUCUGUCCAGGCUACCCUCUACAAGAUGGCUGCUCAGUCGAUCGCCAACUGGAAGUGGUUGGACCGUGUGUCCUAUGCUCUCCCCAACCGCCACUUCUUUGCUGUUGACUUGAGCUACUUCAGAGGCACCAAGAACUUGGCUGAGCAUGCAGAUGUCUACCAGCCUUUGUCUGACCCCUCCGGUCUUAUCACCGCCACCGUUGCCCGUGCUCCCGGCACCUCUCGUCUGUAAAUACCCCGGCGGUAGAGCGCACGAGGAUAAUAUUAUUUGAAUAAAACUGUAUAUUACUUCUC